AUGCUCUCAAAGAAGAGUCCGAUUCGAGGGGUAUUGAAUUGGUUACGGCGACAGCCGCCGAAGGUGAAGGCAUUCCUGGCCGUGCUCGCUGUGAUGACGGCUCUGGUGCUUCUACGUGCCAUUGUUCACGAUCACGACAACCUCUUCAUUGCCGCCGAGGCAGUCCACUCCAUCGGAAUAUCGGUUCUCAUCUACAAGCUCACGAUGGAAAAAACCUGCGCUGGACUUUCACUCAAAUCCCAGGAGCUGACAGCCAUCUUUUUGGCCGUCAGACUAUAUUGCAGUUUUGUCAUGGAAUUUGAUAUACAUACAUUGCUCGACUUGGCUACCCUGGCUACAACGUUAUGGGUUAUUUAUAUGAUUCGUUUUAGACUGAGGUCAAGUUACAUGGAGGAUAAUGACAAUUUUGCAUUAUAUUAUGUGUUGAUUCCUUGUGCUGUUUUUGCUUUACUAAUCAAUCCAUCUACAUCACAUAACAUCAUGAAUCGGAUUGCCUGGGCUUUCUGUGUUUACCUGGAAGCUGUUUCUGUGCUACCUCAACUGCGCGUCAUGCAAAAUACAAAGAUUGUUGAACCAUUUACAGCUCAUUAUGUAUUUGCAUUGGGUGUUGCAAGGUUCUUGAGUUGUGCUCACUGGGUUCUCCAGGUUUUGGACAGUCGAGGUGGUCUUCUUGUGGCAUUGGGUCAUGGACUGUGGCCUCCAAUGGUUCUUUUAUCAGAAAUUGUUCAAACCUUCAUCUUGGCAGACUUUUGUUACUACUACGUUAAAAGUGUUUUCGGCGGACAACUCGUGUUACGCCUUCCUUCUGGAGUCGUGUAA